CUGAAAAGUACUCCAGCCUCGAGUAUUUGGAUAUGCAACUGAAAUGAACACAUAAGCCUAUUAAGGGAGUUAAUUUAAUUAAGAGCCAUCGCAGGGGUAUUAGCUUCAAGGUGUAAAGCCAUAGUGUGAAUAUGUUUUAAUCAUGAAGCGUGCAAAUUAUACCGUGUCGCAUUUUUAACAAUUUGCUGGUAAUGUGGAUGAGACUAUCUAAAAAUGUGCGUGCAACUUUGAACGACAAUCACAUCAUUUACCAUGAAGCGGAUUUUGAUUAUAGUUCUGUGUUGUGUCUGUUCCGUUUUCGCUACCAAUACUGUCCUUUGCAGAAAAAACGAAACAACCAGAUAUCAAAGGGAAUAUGUGGAAGAAACAAGUUUAUCACUCAGAGACAUACUGCCUUUGAAACCAAAGCAGUAUGACAAAAAUCGAGCCCCAAAGCCAUUAGGUCAGCCGACAAUCGUUUAUUUCCACGUUACCGUUUUAUCACUAGACUCAAUCAAUGAGGAAUCUAUGGCAAACAUUAAAUGGCUUAUAGCUCGGAAACAACUAACCCUGAAGAAGAAAAAAAUCGUCUUUUUUUGUAAUGAUUUAAGAGGGAAGAUGAUUUACAAAAUUGACCAAAAUGUGGCCAGGUCAGACACACUCAAUUCCAUCCAGCGCUUGGUCUACUAUAGACCUACGUAACGGACAUUUUCCUGGCACAAAGUUGGAGAGAUCCUAGAUUACGACUGCCAGAAAAUAUGAGCGAAGAAUACAGAAUUUUGGAUGUCGAAUGGUUGCAUAGCAUCUGGAGACCAGACUGCUUCUUCAAAAACGCGAAGAGCGUCACAUUUCACGAAAUGACUAUACCUAACCACUAUCUUUGGCUAUAUCAUGAUAAAACUUUACUUUAUAUGUCCAAGUUAACUCUGGUCCUGUCUUGUGCAAUGAAGUUCGAAACGUAUCCCCACGAUACACAGAUAUGUACAAUGAUGAUCGAAAGCUUAUCCCAUACAGAUCACGACUUGGUGUUCAUUUGGAACAUGACAGAUCCGUUAGUAGUGAAUCCAGAGAUCGAACUACCGCAAUUGGACAUAUCUAACAACUACACGACGGAUUGCACGAUCGAGUACAGCACAGGCAACUUUACAUGUUUGGCGGUCGUGUUCAACUUGAGACGUAGACUUGGCUACCAUCUGUUCCACACGUACAUACCAUCGGCGCUGAUUGUCGUCAUGUCAUGGAUAUCUUUCUGGAUCAAGCCGGAAGCGAUACCAGCCAGGGUUACCUUAGGAGUUACAUCGCUGCUAACAUUAGCUACUCAGAACACCCAGUCUCAACAAUCCCUUCCUCCCGUGUCGUACGUGAAAGCCAUCGACGUUUGGAUGUCCAGUUGUUCAGUGUUCGUGUUUAUGUCUUUGAUGGAAUUUGCGGUUGUGAACAACUACAUGGGACCCGUUGCUACUAAGGCUAUGAAGGGCUAUUCAGAUGAAGACAUUAGCGUUGAUGUGAGCGACUAUAGGGUAGGUUUGCCUACUAAAGUGAUCCUGCAGGAUAUGGAAAGGCCUAGAUACAGCACAGUUAGUCAACCACAAUACGAUACGUUUUGCAACGGAAGAAGCAUAGCACUCUGUAUAGAUCAGUUUUCCAGAUUCUUUUUUCCAUUUUCAUUUUUAAUAUUGAAUGUAGUAUAUUGGUCAACUUUUCUUUGACGACAUAUUUUACAUGUGAAACAUUAGCACAAUGAAAGUGGUUAGAAUAAAAAAUGUGUU